AUGCCUACGAUAGCUGGAACCGAUAAUGCCCCGAAGCAACAUAAAUACUUCUUCUUUCCCUGCCUUCACAGAAGUUUCCCAAAUCAAACCAACUAUCUACUGCUACCUAUCGCUACGCGAAAAAUCCUAGCUACCAUGGCCGCUCCCAACCGCAGACCCGAAUACGAUACUUCUGGCACCGGUGGUAAUGCUGAUGCACAUUAUGGAUACUGGAGAGGAAGCGGCCAAGCUGUCACCGGCGGUAACGGCACCGGUGGUAACAUUCAGAUGCCGGCAAGCCGUGCGGAUGCCAACAUCAAGAUGACAGGGACGGGAGGCAAUGCCAGAGCGAAUGCCGGGGGCGCUGCAAAGGGUGGCGAUGCAAGGGGUGGCAACCUCACAAUCACUUGA